AUGUUGUCGGACAGGCUCCUCGACACCUCUUUGUUAGCAAGAUUACACACCGUCAACCAUGCAGGCCUUCUCAAUGUCAUUCUGGGCCUUCUGUUCAUUGCCAUAGUUGCCAUCGCGGCAGACUAUGCCUGGAUGCUCUACCUGAGGUCCAAAAUGCCACCCGGCCCGUUUCCAUGGCCCAUCAUUGGGAACACCUUCUCCCUCCCGGACAACAAGCCGUGGAUCUACUUUGAAGAGCUAUCCAAAAACUUUGGCACACCAGUGAUUACAUUUUGGAUUGGGCGAAAUCCCACGGUCUGGAUCAAUGACGCUUGGGCGGCCCACGAGAUUUUUGAGAAAAAGGCGCAGAUUUACACUUCGCGCCCGCGAAUGGUUGUGUUUGGUGAGCUCGGCAGCGGCCAAUCCAGCCUCGUGACAAUGCAGAUUCGCAACCAGCAGGAGCGCGACCACUGGCGCGUCCAUCGCAAGCUGAUGCACCUCGGCGUCGGGGUCCAGUCCGUCCGCGGCUACCGAGAGAUACAGAACAACGAGAGCAAGCUUAUGGCGUAUGAUUUCUUGCGUGAGCCGAAGGAGUACGUCAAACACUUGGAGAGGUAUGCGACCAGUGUGGUUUCGAUCAUCGGGUUCGGCCGGCGCGUUGCGAGCUACAACGAUCCGAUUAUCACCGAGGUGAUUGCCUUGAUGCAGCUAGCUGCCGACCUCAAUGUCCCCGGAAAGUCGUUCCCAAUGUUGCUUGAGACGUUCCCUUUUCUUGCCAAAUUCCCGCGCUCAUGGCCGUGGCCCUGGUUCAAGGGUCUCGGCACUCGCGGCCAGAAAGGUGGCCACUACUUUUUCUACAGCCUCGCCGAAGAAGCCAUCGAGCAGUAUAACCAAAAGUCACCAUCCGAACAAGCCUCCAUGCCGACUCCAUACGUCAAAACGCUCUUCGGUGAAGCCAAGAAGUACAACCUCCCCGCCGCUGAACUAUCUAGCCUCACCGGCAACCUCUUUGGCGCCGGUGCCGAUACGUCCUCUAGUACUCUCAUCACUUUCAUCCUCGCCUGCUGCGCCUUCCCAGACGCCAUGCACAAAGCCCACGCCGAACUGGACCGUGUAAUUGGCGCACACCGGUCUCCGCACUGGGACGACGCGCCCAAUUUACCCUACAUCAACGCGUUCGUCAAGGAGGUCCUCCGUUGGCGCAGCGUUGCCAUCAUUGGUGGCCAACCACACUCGCCCACCCAACAUGACACUUACCGUGGCUGGCUAAUUCCCCGUGGAGCUUGGGUUCAGGGGAAUGUCUGGGCCAUCCACCAUCACACACGCGAGUUCCCGGACCCCGACAGGUUCUACCCCGAUCGGUACCUUCCCAAAAACGAUCACCACCGGGCUUUCCCGGGGGAAAAAGGGUAUAUGACAUUUGGCUGGGGGCGGCGGGUGUGUACGGGCCAGGCGUUGGCGGAGCAGGGAACGUGGAUUUCGGUGGCGCGGUUGUUAUGGGGCUUUGAGAUCCGCAAGACGCGGGACGAGACCACCGGGAAGGAGAUAAACGUUGAUAUCUUUGCGUUCACCAAUGGGCUAAAUAUGAGACCUCAGCCCUUCCCGUGCGAUAUUACGCCACGGGACGAGGAGGUGAAGGAAACAAUGUUGAGGGAAGGGCGACAGGCCCUAGCGGAUUUGAAGAUUCACGAUGGCGAGAGUCGGUACCGGAUGAGUACGUUUUACCAGCAGCAGAAGCGGAAGUUUACGAGGGAGCCGGUAAUUGAUGAGCAGGGAAACGUCAAAUUCGUCAAUGUCAAAGGGGUGUAA